AUGGAAUCCUCACACAUGUUAGUCCCACACUCUAACAUGGAGACACAUACCACCGUGCUUCAGCUCGAAGAGUAACCAGUAUUCUCCCUGCCCUGCAACCUUCGCUGCUCCUGGGAGCACUAACCACAGUGUGCCCUAGUGCCCGCCCCCACCCUGCGUGUGCCCAGAGCACUGGCUACAGCCUUUCUGCCACCCUGGGCUCCUCUUUACCUGUAUUGCCUGGAGGGUUAGCAGUUCUGAGUAUACCUGACUGGAAAGCAAAAAUAGUGCCAUAGUUUGGGUCUGGACUGUACCCCAAACCCCCAGCGAGGUGCUGUUGACCACUGAGGAGCCCUGUGGAGCCCCUUUUCCUUCUUUCUGCUUUCACUCCCAGCUGCUAUGGGUUGUGAGGUUCUGACUCACCUCGAGGUCCCCAGCGUUGCCUCCAGCCCCAUGCUGGAGGCCGGAAUGUAAUGGGUUCGCCCAUCUCUUGUUGGAACCACAAGCUGAGUCAUGUCACCCUUGUCUCUCUGGGAGUCGGUUAUCUCUGGUGUUUAUCACAGCCUCCGAAAGCUGAUUGGCACGGUCGUCAUUAGAGGUGCCGCCUCCUCUUGGGGUCGUGGUCACCAUGUUCUCCUGCGUGAAAGCCUAUGAGGACCAGAACUACUCAGCGCUGAAGCGGGCCUGUCUGCGCAGGAAGGUGCUCUUUGAGGACCCCCACUUCCCGGCCACUGACGACUCGCUCUACUAUAAGAAUACCCCAGGACCCGCGGUCAGGUGGAAGCGACCUAAGGAUAUCUGUGACGAUCCCCGCCUCUUCAUAGACGGCAUCAGCUCCCAUGACCUGCACCAAGGCCAGGUGGGCAACUGCUGGUUUGUGGCCGCCUGCUCGUCACUGGCCUCCCGAGAGUCCCUCUGGCAAAAGGUCAUCCCAGACUGGAAGGAGCAGGAAUGGGACCCCGAGAAGCCUGAUGCUUAUGCCGGCAUCUUCCAUUUCCACUUCUGGCGCUUCGGGGAGUGGGUGGACGUGGUCAUCGAUGACAGGCUGCCCACAGUCAACAACCAGCUUAUUUACUGCCACUCCAACUCCAGAAAUGAGUUCUGGUGUGCCCUGGUGGAGAAGGCCUAUGCCAAGCUGGCAGGCUGUUACCAGGCCCUGGAUGGCGGCAACACGGCGGAUGCUCUAGUAGAUUUCACGGGCGGUGUUUCGGAACCCAUCGACCUGACCGAGGGGGACUUCGCCAACGACGAGGCCAAGAGGAAUCAGCUCUUUGAACGGGUGUUGAAGGUGCACAGCAGAGGUGGCCUCAUCAGUGCCUCCAUCAAGGCUGUGACAGCAGCUGACAUGGAGGCCCGCCUGGCAUGUGGCCUGGUGAAGGGCCACGCAUACGCUGUCACUGAUGUACGCAAGGUGCGCCUGGGCCAUGGCCUGCUGGCCUUCUUCAAGUCAGAGAAGCUGGACAUGAUCCGCCUGAGGAACCCCUGGGGCGAGCGGGAGUGGAAUGGACCCUGGAGCGACACCUCGAAGGAGUGGAAGAAAGUGAGCAAGGGUGAGCGGGAGAAGAUGGGCGUGACCGUGCAAGACGACGGCGAGUUUUGGAUGACCUUCGAGGACAUGUGCCGGUACUUUACCGACAUCAUUAAGUGCCGCCUACUUAACACAUCCUACCUGAGCAUCCAUAAGACAUGGGAGGAGGCCCGGCUGCGUGGCGCCUGGACGAGGCAUGAGGACCCGCAGCAGAACCGCAGCGGGGGCUGCAUCAACCAUAAGGACACUUUCUUCCAGAACCCUCAGUACAUAUUUGAAGUCAAGAAGCCAGAAGAUGAAGUACUGAUCUGCAUUCAACAGCGGCCCAAGCGGUCAACUCGCCAAGAAGGCAAAGGCGAGAACCUGGCCAUUGGCUUCGACAUCUAUAAGGUGGAAGAGAACCGGCAGUACCGCAUGCACAGCCUGCAGCAUAAAGCCGCCAGCUCCAUCUACAUCAACUCGCGUAGUGUCUUCCUGCGGACGGAGCAGCCCGAGGGGCGCUAUGUCAUUAUCCCCACCACCUUCGAGCCGGGCCACACUGGCGAGUUCCUGCUGCGAGUCUUCACAGACGUCCCCUCCAACUGCCGGGAGCUGUGUCUGGAUGAGCCUCCUCGCACCUGUUGGAGCUCCCUGUGUGGCUACCCUCAGCAAGUGACCCAGGUCCAUGUCCUAGGGGCUGCUGGCCUCAAGGACUCCCCGACAGGGGCAAACUCAUACGUGAUCAUUAAGUGUGAGGGUGAAAAGGUUCGCUCGGCCGUACAGAGAGGGACCUCGGCCCCGGAAUACAAUGUGAAAGGCAUCUUCUAUCGCAAGAAACUGGCUCAGCCCAUCACUGUGCAGAUCUGGAAUCACCGAGUUCUGAAGGAUGAAUUCCUGGGCCAGGUGUGCCUGAAGACGAACCCGGAAGACCUGCAGGCCCUCCAUACCCUGCACCUCCAGGACCGCAGUCGCCGGCAGCCCAGCGACUUGCCGGGCACCGUGUCUGUGCAUGUCCUCAGCAGCGCCUCCCUCACGGCCGUGUGACACCGGCCCGCUCGCCCGGCCACGCUAAUUCUCACCAGUCCUUGCAUGUCCGCACCUGACCUGGGACCAGCCCGGGAACCAGACACAGGGGUGGGUGGCCCUUUCCCCACUCCUCCACUGACCCACUGCGUGACUUAAGGAGAGCCCUGCCCCUCUCCGAGCCUCCGUGUUUGGAGGACGUCUUCUUGCGUAAGAUUUCAAGUAGCUCUCUACCCAGUGGGCUCUGCUGCUAAGGGGCCAUCUCGAAAAUGUUUCCCCAGGCCCUAAUGUCUGCCUAGGAGUGCCAGGAUGUCACUUGUUUACACACAAACUGCCAUGUCCCAAGCCCCGCCCCUCUCCGCCCCUCCCCUUGUUUUCUAGCUCCCCUUCCAGGUCUUUGCUCUAUAGCUUACAGUAACCUUAAUCUUAUCUUCCUGCCAACUUUCACAGUGUUGAGAUUAUAGGCACGUACCACUACACCAGUUUAUCCGGUGCUGGGUCUCAAACCUAGGGCUUGGUGUAUGCUAGGCAGGCACUCUAUCAACUGAGCUACAUCUCCGGUCCCAUACGCCCCUUUUUUUGGGCUGUCUUGAAGGAACGCUUGGUGGGCAUCAGCUGGGCCGUAUGCAGGAGGCAUUUGCUCCUUGUCUAAUGCCCUCUCCCGUCCAUUUAGCUACUCAACAUAGAUUUGCCCAAUAAACCCAAAGAGCCGCCCUAGGCCUCCCUAUCUUCAGGUCUUCUCGGAGGUAGACACCCCCUGACUUCACCCCCAUCUCUUACAGAGCUGUGGCCACACCUCUGAGAAAGUGUUAUUCCCCAGCCUCUGCCUGUGAUGUUGGGAGGAGUGGCCUGGGCCAGGCAGGUGGAUGGAGGGCUCUGGGAGACCCUAGGGGGACACACACUGCCUCUGUUGAAGGACCUGGGUGCUUUCUCAGAGGAGAGGACUCCAGGGUCCAGGGUGGGUGGUGCCAGGCCUUCGGAGUGAUGUCAUCUGUUGGGUGUCACAGACAGGGACUCGCCUCUCCUGGCCAGAGACCUCUCUACCAGCAUCCCCCAGACAGCAAGGAGGCCACCGUGUUCUUGCUGUGCAAACCACCAGUAUCCCUUUCAGUCCUCCACAUUUGAGAGUCUUAGCACUUAAAAAGGCAGAACUCCGUGUAAAGGAAAGUCUGCCCCUACCCGCCGUUCUUUCUAAAACUCAUUUUGUUGGUCCUCGGCUUUUAUUUUGACACUGAGCGUGAAAAGUCACAGGUGAAGUGGUACCUGCGUGGAGGAGUCCCGGAGGAAGAUGGAGACAAGCGUGCUGGUUCCUGGGCAUCCUGAGGCUGAUUCAGACUGCCUUCCUGAGGGGACUCUUGUUCAGUACUGGUGCUGUGGCUCACAGGGUCCCUCUUGUGCCCUCCUUGGGCUUCCAGACCAGGCUUAGAAGAUUAGGUCAACAGCAGCGAUUCCUUUUGGGAGUGUGACUUUCUAUCUCCGGCCCCUAGUAUGUGAUCCUCUUCCCGGCUGGAGGUGCUGGAUUCUGACUGCCAUCUUGUUCCUUGAUAGCUCUGCUCUUAGCCUGAGACGUGGCCAUGAGAAGGGCUAGGCAGCGAAAUAAAGAUCAGAGAAUUCCUCCUGCACAGUUGGGGCUUCCCUUCAAAGACCUGGGCCUGGAUUGUGCAUGCCACCAUGAGCAAGUCACUUAAACCUCCUGUGCCUCAAUUCCUCCCUCUGCAGCGUGAGGCCAGUGACUCCUGUUUGUGGGGACUCUUACAAGAAUAAGAACGCGGUCACACCACUUCCGCACUACUGCGUGUCUCUGUAUCAUAUGCUCCACACGUUCCAAUAACCACUUCUCAAUGGCUACUGCAGACAAAGACUGCCGUCGGGAAUGGAGGAGUAAGCACCCGCUAUGCCGUCUUGGGUCUCAGGGCCUGGCCUGUGGGUCUUAGCUCAGCCAUAUCCCUCUGAGGCACAGGGCAAACCAGGACCAAGAAGCGAACUUGUAUAAGCUUCUCCUGGUGAUGAGCCACUGCCUGCCGCCUCCAGCAGAACCGGGCCAGCAGCCCUGCUCUUGCUUCCUCCUUCUCAAGCUAGGCCAGGCUGGCUCCUGGCUGUGCAGGGACCUCUGGUCCCCAGGAAGCCGUGAGGACUGGGCAGGGUAAGGACAGUGUGGAGCAGGGAGAGCGGUGGCUUUGUCACCCUGUGCACCCGGGAGGCUCCAGUGUGCCUGUUGCAGGUGCUCAACCCUGCAGCCCACACUACAGGGACCACCAGGACAUGGCCUUCCCUCUUCCAGGUCACCGCGCCCUGGGGUCAAGGGCAUGUUAUCUUCUCAGAAUAAAUAUUGACUGCCACUCUUGAAAGAC